UUGACCAGCGAAUUUAAUUUGGGUCCGGUUGGCACGUUCAACAAUGAGCAAAUUCCCAGCCUCGCACUUAACCAAGCUGAUUCGGUUAGUAUACAUUCAAGAUCAGCCGGAUCCCCACAUUUACCCAAUCUUCUUGCAAGCCCGGCAUCCUGGCCACAGACUGAAUCCGGAUCGCCUUCCAGCUCUCCGCAUAAUCAUUGUCAUCCCUCAUCUAUUCACGAUCCAGCCAAGUAG